UUCGCGGGAAAAAGCGGUAUCCCCGAAAUCAAAAUGUGGCUUAAGCCCGCACCAUCGUGCUUCUCUAUGCUAAAACCCUACUGCUCUGCAACUCCUCCACCACCACCACCGCCAACCACCACCUUCAAACCCCUAAUGGCAACAAAAACCACGGAGGAAUCCGACGUUGGCAUCUUCUGCUACAUCUCUCAGCUCCCCGGAUUUCGCGGCGUUUUAAAGCAAAGGUAUUCGGAUUUUAUGGUAAACGAAGUAGAUAAGGAGGGAAAUGUUGUUCAUUUAACCAACUUGGAUGCGCCGGUAGAGGCAGUUAAGGAAAGUGGAACAACGACAAGUGAUGGUGCAAGUAAAGAUUAUACUACUGAAAUUGAAUCGUUUAGAGCUCUUGCUGAUCCUAAUGAUGCCGAGCGCUUGGAAACUUUUAUCAACCAAAUUAAUUCCAGUAGUGAUGAUGGUGUUAUGCCUAUUGUUCUUUCCCCAGAUUAUGAUAAAUCUCAUCGAACGGCAGUGCAUAAUUUUUUUAAGCAGCACUUCAAGUUUCUUGUCACCGACACAGUUGAUGGACCAGAUGCUUCAUCAAAAUGCAUCCGGGUGAGAAUAAAUUCAGGAGGACAGAACAGCAGAGGCAGAAAUUCCAGAAAAAGAAAAGAAAGAGGUGAUAAACCUUUCGAUAGCAGGGGUUCAGAGGAUUGGUCGGAGCACGUUGGCAAGUUCCUUAGGUUUCAUCUUUACAAGGAGAACAAGGAUACACAGGAAGCCUUAGGAGUUAUAGGAAAAAUGCUUGGUGUCCAGCCAAGGUCCUUUGGGUUUGCGGGUACAAAGGAUAAGCGUGCUGUCACAACUCAGAGGGUAACCGUUUUUAAGAAGCUUGCAAGUAAAUUGGCUGCUCUUAAUGAUAGGUUGAUCGGUAUCAAAGUAGGUGACUUCUGUUAUGUGACAGAAGGACUUGUCCUUGGCCAACUCUUGGGAAAUCGGUUUACAAUUACAUUGAGAGGAGUUGUUGCAGAUUCUGAAGAUACCAUCAAAGCCUCCGCAAGUGCCUUGGGAAAGCAGGGAUUUAUUAACUACUUUGGUUUACAACGAUUUGGAAGCGGUUCUGUGCCAACUCACCAUAUUGGAGCUUCACUACUCAGAGGAGAGUGGAAAUCUACUGUAAGCAUGUUCCUUGAUCCAAGAGAAGGGGAAAGGAAUGUGAUUACAGAGGCACGAGAAUACUAUAAGGAAACUAAUGACAUUGAAGGGACCCUGAGGAAAUUACCUCGACAUCUGGUCUCUGAAAGAGCUAUAUUGCAGUGUCUGAAGAAAUGCCCCGGAAACUACUUGCAGGCCUUGAAAGCUAUUCCUAGAACUUUGAGGAUGAUGUAUGUGCAUAGUUACCAAAGCUAUUUGUGGAACCAUGCUGCAAGUAUGAGAGUGAAGAAAUAUGGAACUGACCGAGUUGUGUUGGGAGACUUGGUAUUUUGUAAAGGAAAUGAAACUGAAAAGGUGACCGAAGUUGUUACUUCUGAGUGCAUAGAUGAAAACAGUGAUGAUAUGCUUGAUCCUAAUGAUUUAGGUGAUAUAGCUGAAACAAAUCUUCCUGAGGAAAAGCUUAAUCUUGUGAAGGCUGUAACUGCAGAAGAUAUCCAGAGUGGAAAUUAUACAAUUGAGGAUGUUGUCCUUCCUAUGCCCGGUUCAAGGGUCAUUUUUCCAGAAAAUGAUAUCGCUGAUGUCUUUCAUGAUUUGGCAAAGAAGGAUGCAAUCAGCUUGACAGAGACCGUACAUAAUGUCAAUGAAUUCUCAAUAACAAGUGUGACAGGAAAUUAUAGGCGGGUCUUCCAAAAACCAAUGGACUUUGAAUGGGAAAUACUAAAAUAUGUUGAUGGUAAUGUACCUUUGGUGGAUACCGACUUGGACAAAAUUUCCAAAGCGAAACCUGCUAAGGUAGACAAAGAGGAUCCAUCCAGUGUAAAUGGAGAUGGAAGUUUGCAUGACAGCGCAAAACAGUCAGAGUACAUUGACAACGAUAUUGGGGACAAGGGAGAAAAGGUGCCGGAAGUUGGAUCGCUCGGCGACACUAAUCCUCAGGAAACUCAGAUGGCUCUCAAGUUGAGCUUUACUCUCCCAGCUUCAUGUUAUGCAACAAUGGCAAUCCGAGAGCUUCUGAAGACAUCGACAUCUGUUGCGUUUCACAAAACGCUAAACUAGCAUGAGGCCGUGUUACUUGCGGUGAACUAUGGCAUCCGAGAAGACACAAUUCCUACCGGCGGGGAACUAAGUCGAAAAAGGACGUCAAUCUGGCAUGGGAGCAAACAAAGAUGGCACUCUUUCGUACACCAAGUUCUCGCCUUUCGGAACAAAUCGAGUGUUAAUUUUCCGACUAGUUUUGUUGAUUGACACAGAAAUACAAUUGUAUUUUACCUUCGAAUAAUAUUCCAUGACAUGGGUCGUUUUCAGAUAUGUUAUAAAGGUCAGUUUGCUUUUA